AGGGACGAAGAGCUCCGGGGCCGGACAUCGCUUCGCCGGUGACUAACAAGUAUUGUAACAUCCUCCGCACAUACCUACCUUUUUCGACGACGAGGACGACGAGGACAUCAAGGACAUCGAGGACAGCGAGGACAGCGACGAAAAGCGACGAUAGCAGACACACUGGGGAAUUGAAGCCACCGAGCGAGCAGAAUAGUCCAUGUCGCUGACCAACGCCUCCCCCGCUGAUGCCGCCGCGGCAGCCAAAUCGGCGUCCCACGUCCUCGCGACGCUCUCGGCCGAUGCGCGCAACGAGGCACUGACGGCUAUCCACGCCGGGCUCGCGGCGGCCCGCGACGACAUUCUCGCCGCCAAUGCGCGCGAUCUCGAAUCGGCAAAGAAGGCGGCGGCCGACGGCAAGCUGAGCCAGAGCCUGGUCUCGCGCCUCGACCUCGGCCGCAAGGGCAAGUGGGAGGACAUGCUCCAGGGCAUCCUCGACGUCCGCGACCUCGACGACCCCGUCGGCAAGGUCACGCUGCGCACCCGCCUCGACGACGGCCUCGACCUCGAGAGGGUCACCUGCCCCAUCGGCGUGCUCCUCAUCAUCUUCGAGGCCCGCCCGGAGGUCAUCGCCAACAUCGCCGCCCUCGCCAUCAAGUCGGGCAACGCGGCCAUCCUCAAGGGCGGCAAGGAGUCAACCGAAUCCUUCGUCGCCAUCGCCCGCGUCAUCUCGGCCGCUCUCGACCGCACCCGCGUCCCCAACGACGCCAUCCAGCUCGUCACCACCCGCGACGUCAUUCCCCAGCUCCUCGCCCUCGACAACCAGAUCGACCUCGUCAUCCCCCGCGGCUCCAACGACCUCGUCCGCUACAUCAAGAACAACACGCGCAUCCCCGUGCUCGGCCACGCCGACGGCCUCUGCGCCAUCUACCUCGAGCCCUCCGCCGACCCCGCCAUGGCCGCCGAGGUCAUUGUCGACUCCAAGACCAACUACCCGGCCGCCUGCAACGCCCUCGAGACCCUGCUGGUGCACGAGGCCGCCCUGGCCACCCACCUCCCCACCGUCGCCGCCGCCCUCGCCGCCAAGGGCGUCGACCUGCGCUGCGACGCCCCGAGCAAGGCCGCCCUCGCCGGCGUCCCCGACCUCACCAUCGCCGACGCCACCGAGCAGGACUACUCGACCGAGUUCCUCUCCCUGACGCUCGCCGUCAAGACGGUCCCGUCUCUCGCCGACGCCGUCGCCCACAUCAACACGCACGGCUCCCACCACACCGACUGCAUCCUGACUUCGUCGGCCGAGAACGCCGAGCAGUUCAUGGCCGCCGUCGACUCGUCCGGCGUUUACUGGAACGCGUCGACCCGCUUCGCCGACGGAACGCGCUACGGCUUCGGCACCGAGGUCGGCAUCAGCACCAACAAGAUCCACUCGCGCGGUCCCGUCGGCCUGGAGGGCCUGAUGAUCUACAAAUACAAGAUCCGGGGCCACGGCCAGGUCGCGGCUAGCUACGGGGCCGGCGAGGGGAAGAAGCAGUUCUUGCAUCAGCGGCUGCCUUUGGAGUAGUGAAAGCGGAAACACCAAAAUAAUAGACUGGGGAAAAGUUAUUUUAU